UCUUCCCAGUGUCUUGCUUGGAAACCAAGUAGGAAAUUUUAGUUAAUUACCAAAAAUGCCAUGGAACUCGGUCCUCGAAGCUGCCUAAAAACAGUCUGCAGACAGGAGACUCAGCUUCGUGUCCAGGUUUCGUCAACUGUGGGACCCACAAUGACGUAUCCGAAGCUGAGGUUUGGUUCACGAACCUCUUAUAUCGGUCCCUAAGCAACGUUUCCCGCUCACUCUCUCUCUCUCUCUCGAGUUCACUUAUCUUAGCAUGGUGUAGAAAAGGCAAAGGAAGGAAAAGGAAGAGAGCUUUAAAGCUUCGCUGACACUCUCUUUUAUUCUAUCUUCUUCUUCUUCUUCUUCAUGCUCAUGGCGAGGAGCUGGCUUAUUGAUGGUAGAGCAAUUGCAAAGAAAGUAAAAAAUGCCUCCUGUUCUUCAUCCAUUCAAAUUAUUGACUAUGGGGCUAAUCGUGAAUGUCCUAAAUGCCAUCAUCGUAUUGAUAAUAGUGAUGUUUUUCCUCAGUGGCCUGGCCUUCCAGCUGGUGUAAAGUUUGAUCCGUCUGAUGCAGAGCUUUUAGAGCAUUUAGCAGCUAAAUGUGGUGUUGGAAACUCAAAACCACAUCUGUUAAUCGAUGAGUUUAUCCCGACGCUUGAGGGGAAUCAGGGAAUUUGCUACACUCAUCCUGAAAAUCUUCCAGGUGCAAAGAAGGAUGGAGGCAGCAUCCACUUCUUUCAUCGAACAAUUAAUGCUUAUGCUACUGGUCAGCGAAAGCGCCGCAAAAUCCAGAAUCAACAUAACACAAAUGAGGAAAAUGUUCGCUGGCAUAAGACAGGAAAGACCAAACCUGUCAUGGACAAUAGUGUCCAAAAGGGUUGGAAGAAGAUUAUGGUUCUCUACAAAAGUUCAAAAGGGUGCAAACCAGAAAAGUCAAAUUGGGCGAUGCAUCAGUACCAUCUAGGGGCUGAAGAAGAAGAGCAUGAAGGGGAAUAUGUGGUUUCUAAAAUUUUCUAUCAACAGCAAAAACAAACUGAGAAGAAUGAUGACAGCCCAAUGAUUGAAGAACUGGAUAACUUGACAAGUCGGACUAGUCCAAGGACCCCUAAAACAAUUACUCCUGAUCCUCCUCGGCCACGGAAAUCAGUGAUAAAUGAUGAUGUUGAUGAAAACAUGCACCAGGAACCAAAAUUUGCUGCAGAAGGAUCUCAUCUACCUCUGCAAUCUGUUCAAUGUGAGGAUGAUUCGGACUAUCCAGCAUGGCUGGCAGGGGAAUCUCAGGCUGCUGAAAAUUCUGACUUCGAUUGCUUGGAUAAUUCUUUGCUAUGCAAUGAGCUUUUGGAUUCAUCUUCCCUGCUAAAGAAUUCAGUCUCAUAUACCGGCUGUGUUAAUGGUGCAAUUGAGAUGACGGGAAAUAAUGAUGCAUCUUGUGGAAUUUCUGAGCUUGAGAACUUAGAGUUUGAUACUCCACCUGAUGUACCACUAGCUGAUCUACAAUUUGGCUCUCAGGAAAGCAUUCUUUCGUGGUUAGACCGGCUAUGAAGAACUAUUAUGAAGCUGAAGCGCCCCAAGGACAAAGUCCAAGUUUUGAGCUCCUCCAUUGUCUCAAGGAAGCAGUUUCCUUGUCAUGCAUUUCUUACGGGCUUAGUGCUAGACAAUUGUUUUGCUUUCAGAGGCAUAGAGAGUUUGUUCUUUCUCGGUUUGUUCUUCAAGGCUGUUUUAGGCUCUUGAAGGUGUUCGUCCCUGGCUGCCAGACUGCUCCUACGAUCAGUCAUGACUCGGAAGCUUGUGUUGUAGGUUAUCAUACCAUCCAUGAAGCUAAAACUGCCUGGUUGCUGAAUAAGAGCUGUUGGUUGAGUACAUGAUAAACUCGAAGGCCAUGUUAUCAAGAAAGAUGCAUCUGUUACUUCCCUGGAACCAACAUACAGUCUUUUGCAAUAACAUUUGGCCUAAUCUGAUGCCCCAUCUCAUGUAAGAAACACAAGCAUUUGGUGUUGCAUUUGUGCAACUAAAACAUGUAGCCAUGUCAUUAGGCUUUACCAUUGAUGUUUAUGUAAUCUGAACUCCUAUUUCUGUGUGAAAUUUUAAGGUUCGGUUUGGUU